AUGGUGGGGAUGGCAUUACAAGUUGAGGGCGCAGUGGAGUGCACUCAGGAGUCUCGAGGGACUCAGGUCAUUGGUAGGGCCCUACUCCUCCUACCUCUGGUUAUGGUAGGGGUGGUAGUGGCUCGACCACUAAUCAGAAAAGAAAAGCACCAACUGCACCCGGUGGCUCAGGUUAGAACAAGAGGUUGUAAGGGAACCAGGGUUGAGGCAACCUGUGAAUUGCCAGGGCAUUAUAAAAGAGAUUGCCCACAGCUUAAGAAAGAAGAACAGAAGACUGCUCUAAAACCCGCUCCAGCAAGGGUGUUUGCUCUAACUCUGGUGGCAGUUAGAAUUUUUAGUAAGUUGGAUAGACCGCAUGAUAGUUAUGAUCAAGGGUUUGGAGCCCUACUGCCUAGCGGAGAAUUAGCCAUCUCCAAAAGUUCGAUUAGGUCUAUGCCGAUCAGAAUUGAGGAUAGGGAGUUGAGUGCUCACUUAAUGGAAAUGGGUUUAGCGAAUUUCGAUGUAAUACUUGGAAUGGAUUUCUUAUCCAAGUACUCAAGCAAUAUUGACUGUAAACAGAAGAUGGUGAUCUUCCAAUCAGAGGGAGAGGAACCGUUUAUUUUUGUGGGAUCGGUUCUGGGAUCUCGGAUUCCAGUGAUUUCAGUAUUAACAGCUAAAGAAUUGUUAAAAGACAAAUGUCUAGGGUUUCUAGUCGUAGUAUUGGAUACCGCACGACUUGAGACAGUCCAGCCAAAAGACAUCAGGGUGUCUUUUCUUGGACACAAUAUCAGUAAAGAUGGGAUCAAGGUUGAUCCAGGGAAGAUUAAAUCUGUCAGGGAUUGGCUGAGAUCGAAGAUUGUUACAAAAAUUAGAACUUUCCUGGGUCUUGCUGGUUAUUACCGUCAGUUUGUAGAGGGAUUUUCUAAGAUUUCAACGCCCUUAACUGAGCUCACUAGAAAGAAUCAGCAAUUCUUAUGGACAAAUAAGUGUGAAGUAGGCUUUCAAGAGCUGAAAUGGAGAUUAAUCACAGCUCCGGUAUUAGCCCUACCUUCUGAUAAGGAAAACUUUGUAGUUUAUUGCGAUGCAUCCAGGCAGGGUCUGAGGUGUGUACUGAUGCAGGCCGAUCGAGUCAUCGCUUAUGCCUCCCUUCAGUUGAAAGAAUAUGAACAGCGAUAUCCGACUCACAAUUUAGAACUUACCGCGGGAGUCAGACAUUUCAGGAAAACAGGCAAGUUAUGCCAUAGGUUUACAGGACCUUUCGAGAUUCUUGAAAAGGUUGGACUAGUGGCAUAUCGUCUAGCUUUGCCUCUAGCUUUUUCAACAGUUCAAAAUGUGUUCUAUGUUACCAUGUUACGAAAGUAUGUUUCAGACCCUACUCAUGUGCUGAGUUAUGAGAAUCUUGAGCUGCAACCAGACUUAUGA